UAGCAAAUGAAGGGAAAUGUUCAGUUCCAGUAAGAAUAGCUUUACUGAAUUGUAUGACAGCCUUCCUUCAUGCUGACCCUCAUUCAGAAUGGGCUGUGCUUACAGUUAAAUGUGAAAAUCUACCUGUGAGAGAUGCUUUUCCUCAAUUCCUUGCAGAUAACAACUUUCAAGUUUGUAUGAUUGCAGCUAAGUCAGCAAUCAGUUUGUUCCAAGAUGUGAAACUGAGAGAUGCUACUGGUUUAUUGAAAGGUCUUCCUUUGAAGUUCCAGCAAAGAGCUUUUGAGAACUUGUACAUCAAAGUUCAAGAAGGAGCAAAGAAAUUGUUGAAAGCACAUGAUACAAGGAACCAAGAAAGCCAUCCUGAUGAAGAGCAUAACAGAAAAACAGUCCUACUCAUGUUAAUAACUAUGAUUUUGCACAGCAGUCCUGUGUGUGAGAAACAAGCAUUGUUUGCUAUUUUCCAAUGUACGAACAAGAAUGGAUUAGAUCCUCAGCUUGUAAGGAAGGUAUUAGAAAAUAUCUCUGACUCUUUUGGAUAUGAAAAUAUGGAAGAUUUAAUGAACACCUAUUUAGAUUAUCUUGUUCUUGAGUGGUUGAACUGUGGUUACAGCCUGUCAGUUUUUCCUUAUGUUUUGCUGAAUUGCCCUACUUUGGAAGAUUUUUACAGAUCCUGUUACAAAGUCUUGAUUCCACAACUAAUAAUUAGAGAUCAGUUUGAAGAGGUAAAAGCCAUCGCCAGCCACAUUGAAACAGAAGAACGUCAACUUCUGGCACAAUGCUUCCCCAAAAUCCUUGUCAACAUUCUUCCUUAUUUUGCCUACCAAAACCAUGAAGAUAAUGAAUUCACCCAAAAGAGCAAUACGGCUUCUAAAGUCUAUGACAUGCUGAAAGAUGAAAAUUGCUUAGGAAAGCAGCUGAUAGAUAGUUUAUUUCAUGGCAGCUUAUCAGAGAUUGUGGUAGAGGUGUUGAUGACCCUACAUGAGCCAGUCAAUAUCAAACCAGAAGAGAAUUCUGACUUAAUUAACUUUACAGGAGAUCUGGAUCCUGCUCCAAAUCCUCCUUAUUUUCCAUCAUGUGUCAUCCAAGCUACACUGGGUUACAUUAAUAGUUGUUAUAAAACUAAGUCCAAAAGUAUUAUAGCAAUCCUUUCCAAGAACCCUGAGUCAUUCCAGAAAAUCUUAUUCGCUGUAUGUGAGCAAGUAUCUGGAACAAGAAACAUUUAUAAAAAACAUAGAAUUCUUAUGAUAUAUCAUUUUUUUGUAAAUUUGUUAUUGAAAGAAAUAGAAGAUGGCUUAGGUGGAGCAUGGGCGUUUGUACUGCGGGAUGUAAUUUAUUCUAUGAUUCACCACAUCAGCAACAGGCCAAAUCCUCUGAGAGGAGUAUCUCUCCGGAGCUUCUUGCUCUGUUGUGACCUUCUCAAUCAUGUUUGCCACACAGCAGCACAGCAUUGUAAGGAUGCCCUAGCGAGUCACCUCCAUGUUAUUGUGGGCACGCUAAUACCUAUAGUUGGAGAACAACCUGAAACUGAAGAAGAGGUCCUGGGCUUAUUAAAGUAUUUAGUGAUAGAUAAUCUGAACAAUGAAUAUUUGUACCAAGCAAUCAAACUAUUAGAUCCAUUUCCUGAUCAUCCUCGUUUUAAAGAACUGCGUGCCACUCAACAAAAAAUUAAAUACAGCACUGGGAAAUUUUCUCUUUUGGAGGAAAUUAACCAUUUCCUAUCAAUAAGUAUCACUGAUUCACUGUUUUUAACAAGACUUGAAGGUUUAAAUGAUUUGCACAAACAACUGGAAGGUCAUAAAGAACAAAUAAUGGAGCUUAUGAAAAAAUUUCAGGAAAAUCCAAGGGACUGUGUUAUAGUGAAGCUGAUGGCAUAUCUAUUACAACUUUCAAAAACAACUGUACAUUCUGCUGAUACUAUCUUAGAGGCUGUUGGAAGUUGUUUGGGAGAAAUUGGUCCCAUAAGUUUUUCUACCAUAGCGUUGCAGCACAGUAAAAAUGGAUCUAGUUCCGAUACAUGUGAUCUCUUUGAAGACAGAGAACUUCAGUGGGUCUUUGUAAUAUUAACUCUCAUAAAUAAUUUUUUAAUAGAUCAAUGUAUUGAAGUUCGAUCAGCUGCUGCUGCCUGUUUGAAAAACAUUUUAGCCACCAAAACAGGGCAUACAUUUUGGGAAAUGUACAAAACCGAGACAGAUACUAUGCUGCCAUACUUGCGUCCUUUCAGAACAUCUAAAAAAAAGGUCUUGGAAGUGCCUGGAAAGAUAAGAGAGACUCCUUCAGAAGAUCUGGAUCGUACAACUUUGUGGAUUCCUCACAGUGAAAGUCAUGAAAUUUGGAUUAAGACCUUGACUUGUGCUUUAUUGGAUAGUGGAAUGAUAACAAGUGAAAUCCUUCUGUUGCUGAAGCCUUUAUGUAAGGUUCAGGUUGAUUUCUGUCAAACUGUCCUUCCCUAUUUAAUUCAUGAUAUCCUGCUUCAUGACUCAAAUGAAUCUGGACAUCAUCUUCUGUCUGCACAAGUUCAAAUGUUUUUCACUUCCUGUUGCAAAUACUCAUUGUCACCCAGUAGAUCAUCUACACCUGCAAAUUCAGAUCCAGAUCCAGAAAUUCUUGUUCAUGGACAUUUGGAUAAAAUAUCUCGAAGAACAAUGCUUGCUGUGGUUGACUACUUAAGACGGCAAAAAAAGAAUCCUUCCAGUACCAUCUUUGAUGACAGCUUCUGGCUGGAGUUGAACUAUCUUCAGGUUGCCAUGGUAGCUCAGUCUUGUUCUGCUCACUUCACAGCCUUGCUCUAUGCAGAAAUCUAUGCAGACAAGAUAGGCAGGCAACAGGAAAGGUCUGCUUCCAAAGCAACUAAGAAACUAAUAUUUGAAGAAGGAAGUCAGAAUUCAACACUUACUUGUUUAAGUGAGAAGAGUAGAGAAGAGACUGGAAUAAGUUUGCAGGACCUUCUCAUGGAUAUAUACAGAAGCAUAGGAGAGCCAGAUAGUCUCUAUGGCUGUGGUGGAGGAAGAAUGCUGCAGCCACUGGCCAGGAUAAGAACAUAUGAACAUGAAGGAAUGUGGGGGAAAGCCCUGGUAACCUAUGACCUUGAAACCAGCCUUCCACCAUCAAUUCGACAGACAGGAUUGGUAGAGGCUUUGCAGAAUUAUGGGCUGUGUAAUACACUCUCCAUCUACUUAAAAGGAUUGGAACAGGAGAAUGAAGAAAGCUCCAUAGAAUUACAGGAGAUUCGUUAUCAGGCAGCUUGGAGGAAUAUGCACUGGGAUCAGAUCUCCACAGUCAAAGAUGAAAUUGGGCAACGAGGCUACCAUGAAUCAUUGUAUGAUGCUCUACAGUGUCUACGGGACAGAGAUUUCUCUACUUUUUAUGGAAGAUUGAAGUGUGCCAGAGUCAAAGAAGUAGAAGAGCUACUGAAAGGUAGCCUUGAGUCUAUAUAUUCAUUACUGCCUACGCUCUGCAGGCUGCAGAUGAUUGGAGAGCUGGAAUAUGUAGGACAACUUUUCUCUGGGUCACAGACUAAUAGCCAGUUGCAUAAUUUAGAUCUGAAGUGGCAGAAGCAGUCCCAACUACUUCAGGAUAGUGACUUUGCUUUCCAAGAGCCUAUUAUGGCUUUGCGUACAGUAAUUCUGAAGAUUCUUCUGGAGAAGGAAGAUGCGGAUGCCCAAAGAUGCAUUAAAAACAUUCUCACCAAACAUCUUGUGGAGCUGUCCAGAUUGGCUCGAAUGGCAAAUAAUUCACAACUUCCAGAAAGAGCAAUGUAUCAAGUUAAACAGUACAGCCCGACUAGACAUGGAGUAUCAGAAUGGAAAUUGGAAGAAGCUCAGGUGUUCUGGGCUAAAAAGGAAGAAAGCUUAGCACUGAGUAUUCUAAAAGAUAUGAUCAAGAAAUUGGAUGAAAAUUGGUUUGAGGUUGAGAAAGACCCACACCUGAAAUUAAUUUACACAGAAUGCCUGAGGUUAUGUGGAAGUUGGUUAGCAGAGACUUUUUUAGAAAAUCCUACCAUCAUUAUGCAGGAUUACUUGGAAAAGGCAGUUAAAAUUGCUGGGGACCAAAGUGAUGACAGCACUGAUGAGCUAAAGAGAGGAAAGAUGAAGGCUUUUCUGUCUUUGGCUCGUUUUUCGGAUACUGAGUAUCAAAGAAUUGAGGAUCGUAUGAAAUCAUCAGAGUUUGAAAAUAAGCGAGCUUUGCUGAAGAAAGCCAAAUAUGAAGUUGGCCUUUUAAGGGAGCAUAAAGUUCAGACCAGUCGAUAUACUGUGAAAGUUCAGCGGGAGCUGGAAAUUGAUGAAUGUGAAAUUCGCGCACUGGGAGAAGAUCGUAAGCGUUUCUUAUGCAAAGCAGUUGAGAACUACAUUAUGUGCUUAUUGAGUGGGGAGGAGCAUGACAUGUGGAUCUUCCGUGUCUGUUCUCUCUGGCUUGAGAAUGCUGGACUUUCUGAAAUCAAUGCAAUGAUUCAGAAGGAAGCCAAGAAAAUCCCAUCCUACAAAUUCUUGCCACUGAUGUACCAGCUGGCUGCUCGAAUGGGAACCAAGAUGACUGGAUUUCAUGAGAUUUUGAAUAAUCUUAUAGCAAGAAUUUCUCUCGACCAUCCACAUCACACUUUGUUUAUAAUUCUGGCAUUGGCAAAUGCCAACAAGGAUGAACCCCUGACCAAACCAGAAGUGACUGAAAGAAGUGGACUAAUAAAAAAUGUGCCAAAAGAAGCAUCUCCUCUUGACAUGGAUCGAAUGGCGGCUGCUAGCAGUAUAAUUAACAUUGUAAAACACAAAAGACCUAAUAUGGUGGUACAGGUUGAAGCCCUUUGUGAUGCCUAUAUUACUUUGGCAAACAUGGAUGCAAGUCCCUGGAAAUCCCACAGAAGAGGCAUAAAUAUUCCUUCUAAUCAACCUAUAACUAAAUUAAAGAAUCUAGAUGUUGUUGCUGUACCUACCAUGGAAAUUAAGGUCGAUGCUAGUGGCAAAUAUGAAAAUUUGAUCACGAUAAAAUCAUUCAAACCACAAUUUCACCUAGCGGGAGGAGUCAAUCUGCCCAAAAUAAUAGAUUGUGUUGGAUCAGAUGGACAACAGAGAAGGCAGCUUGUGAAGGGACGUGAUGAUCUGAGACAGGAUGCUGUCAUGCAGCAGGUUUUCCAGAUGUGCAACACUCUGCUACAGCAAGAUGCUGAAACCAGAAAGAGAAAACUGACUAUCCGCAGAUACAAGGUUGUUCCCCUUUCUCAGAGAAGCGGCAUCUUAGAGUGGUGCACUGGCACAAUUCCUUUGGGUGAAUUCCUCAUCAAUACUCACUCCAGUGCUCACAAACGCUAUAGACCAAAUGACUACAGUAGCAUAGACUGCCAAACCAAAAUGAUGGAUGCAAAAAAGAAAGGUUUUGAAGAAAAAUAUACUAUUUUCAUGGAUAUAUGCCAGAAUUUUCAACCUGUGUUUCGCUAUUUCUUUAUGGAAAGAUUUUUGGAUCCAGCAGUGUGGUUUGAGAAACGGUUGGCAUACACUCGUAGUGUUGCCACUUCAUCCAUAGUUGGCUACAUACUUGGUCUAGGAGACAGACAUGUACAGAAUAUUCUGUUAGAUGAAGAAAGUGCAGAACUUGUACACAUUGAUCUAGGAGUUGCUUUUGAGCAAGGCAAAAUCCUUCCUACCCCAGAGACUGUACCUUUUAGGCUGACAAGAGACAUAGUCGAUGGCAUGGGCAUUGCUGGUGUUGAAGGGGUCUUCAGGAGAUGCUGUGAAAAAACUAUGAAUGUUAUGAGAAAUUCUCAAGAAGCCUUGCUAACUAUUGUAGAGGUGCUUCUAUACGACCCUCUUUUUGAUUGGACCAUGAAUCCUUUGAAAGCUUUGUAUCUGCAGCAAAGGUCAGAGGAUGAGGCUGAUGUCAGCUCCGCCUUCAGCAGUGCUGAUCAAGGAUGUAACAAAAAAGCAAAUAAUGAAAACCAGUUGUUCAACAAAGUGGCAGAGCGUGUCUUGAUACGACUUCAGGAUAAACUUAAAGGAAUGGAAGAAGGUACCGUGCUCAGUGUGGUUGGCCAGGUGAACUUCCUGAUACAGCAAGCCGUGGAUCCAAAAAAUCUCAGCCGCCUUUUCCCAGGGUGGAAACCAUGGGUAUGAAAAUGCACUGUUGGCUUUUAACGAGUAAAAAACAGAAUAGAUUUGAUCUUCAGAAGCAGCCACAAAUCAUUUUAAUGGUUCCUAAUGAAAAUAGAAUAUAAACAUUUUACUUGGACAGUGUUGAGAAUCAAAAACUUUUACUGUAUUGCAGUUAUUCCAGUGUAAUGAAAGCAGCAUCACUGUUGUGCUGCAAGCCCAGCAGCGCCACUUAUUUGCCUGCAAGCCGUGCCCUUUUGUUGUGUGUCGUAAUGUUGCGUGGCUCCCCCAGGGGGGUAGAGCUUGCAGGGCAACACUGCUUUCAUCUUUCGAAUGAAAGCAGUAAGAUCCUGUGGACGCCCCAGGAGGAUUUGUCUUUUGCUUGGAUUGGUAGACUAGGAACAUGGCUUCUGUGGUCUUACACCCAGAAAAGAAUUUCAGGAAAUUAACAAUGUUAUAAUUUGCUUUAACAAAAGGAAAAUACUUUUCAGCAAGCCCCACUCAUUGUUUAAGAAUGCCACUGCAGAGUAGCAGCUCUGGUUUCUGCUGCGUUUAAAAUGAUUGGAAAUAGAACUGACUUCAAGCCUGUUACUGCAGUAUGCACAGCGGGCACCUUGCCUUUCUCCUAUGCAAGGGGUUUCAUGGAAGGACUCCCACAAAACUGACAAGAAUGUACCCAGGAUAAAAAUGUGUAUCAUCCAUGCAUGUUAGUGAUGACGCUGUGUAUCCUGCUGUAGAAAUAUUUAGGAAUCUCUGAUUUAUAAUAUGUAUGAGUUGUAUAUAAUGUUUUGUUUUAAAGCAGGUGAGAAGAAAUUAUAUUUUUUUAUAUAUACUGUAUGUGGUUGUGAAAGCAAUAACAUUUCAAAAGGAAGAAAAGUAGGAACUCAAAAUAAUAGGUAUAAUCAGAAAUCAUUCUAUAGUGCUUAAUUACUUUUACUUUUCAUUACAACAUUACUCAAGAAUGCACUUCUUUGGCUUGAAAAACAUAACCAGGCCUAAUCUAUCCCACUUCAUGCUAUAAUAAUGGGGGGGGGGGGCUUUUCCUUUUUUAAACAAAUAAAUGUGAAUAGAUUUCCUACAAGCAGAAUAAUUCCAGUGUACAUUUUAGUUUAUGCUAACAAGAAUUUUCUAUGUCCAACAUGUAUGGUAAACUUUUUCUUUAUUGGAAAUGGUGGUCUUAUUCUACAUUUCAUUGAUUCAAUCCAGUUUGGUAAUAAGCUAAUCCUUUUUGUCUCAACUUGGAUAUGUACUUUGGAACCUGGAAGAAAUUGCUGAAGGAAUUUUUCAAAUUAAAAUACGUUAUAAACAUUGAUAUGUGAAAAUGCUUAUUUUUUUUUCCUUUGAGGAUUCAUCUGAAAGCAUUUUUUUAAUUUGUUUUGUACUGGACUCUGUACUGUUGAUGUAUUGAUAUGCUAUGAAAUGCAGAGGUCCAAAAGAAACUGACUUUUUAAAUGUACAAUAAAGCCACAUUCUUUUGAACAUGCAUUUGUCUUCAUAUCUAUUUAUUAUAAGAUAUGGAAGAAUUUUGUCUAUUUGCCUUUAAAUUGAUAUGAGGAAGGUAUAUUCAUAAACUUGUAGCUGACAAGAUGGGAAGGCUAAUCUUUAAGUUGAUACCAAUAGGAGAGAAUAUAUGUAGCUCAGGGUUGAACUAUGGAGUCC